AUGGCCAAAAAGAUUUCCAAGCACAGUAGAGCUGCAAGAAGGGGACAAGUCCCUCAAGAACAACCAGUAUCGGUUCCAAAACAAUCUUUGGAAAACGACGGUGUGCGAAAGUCAAUAAUUAGAACUCAAAUAAAGAAUGAGAAUCUUUUGAGCAAAAAACUCGAAUCUUCGAAAAUCCACAAACAAUCCAAUAAGAAAAAGACAUCUUCUUUAAAGAAUAAGCUAAUCAAGAGCGAUAAACUACAAGGAGUAUUAUCGUCCAAAAUCGAGGCAAGCAUAGCAAGGGCGAAAUACGUCCAAAAUUCAAGGAAAUCAAAUUGGGAUAAAACAAAUUCAAAUAUCCAAAUACGAAAUCAUAUGGUGGAUGAGUUGAAUAAUAAUGCCGCUCAGCUGAAGCAGGGGGAUAAUAAGAAAUUGACUGAGAUGGAAAUUGAAAAGCUUGAAGAAGAUGAAUAUGUGAGGAAGUUUUACGAGGAUGAGAAUGAGAAUGUAGAAGGGGAUAAAGAUGCAAAGAUUAAGAACCAAUUAUUAUCCAAAAACAGAUUCGCAGCAUUGGAUGAUAUUGAGGUAUAA